AUGGACACUCCCUUGUCCGGGGAUGGCCCUCAGGCAAUGGAGACAUCAAAAGAGCUGCCCCUUGACAGUCUACCUUGGACGACGAGGUUGCGAUUACGGUUCGUGAACGAUGUCGACACGGCAUGGGCAGACACGAUUCUGCUCGCGUGUUUUUUCACGACCGGAAUGGUCGAUUCUAUAGCUUUCAACACCUGGGACUGCUUCGUCGGAAUGCAGACUGGAAACACCAUAUUUGCGGGUCUCGGGGUCAGCGACUUGCCCAGCACCAUCCCAAAGUACACCUGGACGAAAUCGCUGGUCGCCAUCCUGUCGUUUUGUCUCGGCGCAUUGUUCUUCUCGAGAUAUCAUCGAUACCUGGGACCGCUGAAACGAUGGGUCAUCACCUCCUCAUUCCUCAUCCAGACCCUGUUCAUGAUCAUCACCGCGUCGUUGAUUUCUGGCAAUCUAGUUGCGGAAACAGACCUCUCAGAGACAGCCGAUGGUCGAGGCAGGUUCCCGUGGCACGAGCUUUGUCCGAUUGCUCUCCUGGCGUUCCAGAGUGCGGGACAGAUCGUCGCGAGUCGUGUGCUCAAGUACAAUGCCUUGCCGACCGUGGUCUUGACGAGCUUGUUCUGCGACUUGAUGAGCGAUCCGGACCUGUUCACAGCGGGUCUAGUCCAGGAUCCGGAUCGAAACAGGCGAGCACUGGGAGCGGUUUUGUUAUUCUGCGGCGCAACUGUGUCUGGGGCUUUGAUCAAGACAUCGAUCGGCUACUCUGGGGCUCUAUGGAUUGCUACCGGAGUCAAGGGGUGCAUGGUGUUGGCAUGGCUGGUCUGGAGCAGCAAAAAGUCACAAGUGAAGAAAUAG